GCCUGUUUACCAAAGUACGAUAACGAAAAUAAGUUUAUCACUAAUCAAGCCACCAAAGCGUGAUUGAGCAAAUGUUGCACUUUGACACGGGAAACGACAUCGUGACUUGAUUCGUUAUCAAAAAUGUAUUCGAAACAGUCGCCGACUGCAGGAGACACGGUGUAUGUCGUUGGAUAUUAAUAACAAUCAUCUCUGACACAAGCUAUAAAAUCUGGGAAUCAAACGAAGCAAACGUUUUUCCACACAUUGAUCAUCUUUAGCAUCGUUCAUUAACGGGACAGCUGUCAGUAAAAUUUGUGUACGAAAAUGGUUGUACUUCGAUUGUUUCGCCGGCUGGAAGAGAGGAUUUUUAACGUUCAACAAAAGACUGCCGAAGGCGUUCAAACGGCACGCGAUGCUGUCCUACGCGGCGGUAUCAUCGUUAUGACAGCGGUUGUUGUUAUUUGGAUAUCUGUAUUUUUGUACGCCGCUUUCUACUACGCUUACAUGCCGAACAUAUCUCACGUGCGCCCCGUCCACUUAAAAUUCGAAUCAUGCACCUACGAGAAAGGGAUAUGUAGCUAUCCCUCUGCCCAUGUUCAGCUGACUAAGAAACAACAGCUCCUGAUGGUCGGCCAGCCUUACAAAGUAAAUUUGCAUUUGGAGAUGCCGGAAUCGCCGACCAACAGGGAACUCGGAAUGUUCAUGGUCUGCACUGACUUGAGGGAUCGGGAUGGAGUCUUGGUCGAAAAUGCUUGCCGUUCAGCCAUGCUCCACUAUCGCAGUUCUUUGCUGCAUAUUCUCACUACUUUGACAUUCUCACCGAUGAUGAUAUUGGGCAGUGCUGAAGAGAAGCAAAAUAUUGUUCUCGAAAUGUUUGCCAAUUUUGAGGAAGAUCAAAGUCAUCCAGUGACAGAAGUAUACGUGGAAAUACAGUCGCAUUUCGUAGAACUCUACUCGGCUACCGUGAUGAUAAACGCACACUUGUCCGGGCUGCGUUACAUCAUGUUUCAUUGGCCAAUAUUGUCUGCCAUUCUGGGGAUCAGUACCAACCUAUUUUUUAUAGCGUUGAUAUGCGUUUUAUCUUACUUGCACUUUAUUGCCGAGGACGAGAUACUGGACGAUGAUUUUAUUUUUGAGAAAGGUGAAGAGGAGGUGGACGAGGAGGAGGAUGACGAUUACAAGGAUGAGAAAUCCAAUACUGAUCGAAACUUUAUUUUCUUUUUGUUUACCUGGAAAUGCAAAGCGAAAUUACCGAUCGAUCAUCGUGUAAAUUGAAGCGGCUUAAGAAAAUUGAGUGGAAGGCCUGCUGUGGUAAUGGGAUAGUGAAAAUUAUCUCUUUUCUGCAACAAGAAUAAUUUGUCGAAUCUCAACGAUACACCAUUGCCUUCUCAAAGUGUCUUCAGAUACUUCGUCGCAAGGAGAUACUUCGAUGCUUGAAGAAAUUCCAAAGCGUAAAAAAGAAGAGGGCUCGAGCACAGCUGCUGCGACUUUGCGAGUUGAAAUGAUCACGUAAUCGGUUAUCGUCUGCAAGUUCAUAGUGGAUGAACAGAUUUUGAAGCUGAUAAACUAUUGUAUUAGUAUUUUGCAGGAUCAAAACAUGUAAGAUUCGUAAUUUUACGUUUCGUUAUUAUCGAAUCAAUCAGAAUAUUACAAUAAUUUCGGAUUCUGAGCUACAUUCCUUGACUGUUUUUAUUUUUAUUUUUAUAUCUUUCAUUUUUAUUUGCAAAUCGUGAUUUUAUCAAACGGACUACAGUUGUUGUUGCUGUUGUUGUUAUUAUUAUUAUCAUUAUUAUCAUUAUUAUUAUUAUUAUAAUUAUUAUUGCUGUUGUUGUUAUUGUCGUUGUUAUACACGCAUUGCAAUAUUAAUUACAGUAUGUUUUAUUUCUAUUUCACCGAUUUUACUUGUGCUAUACAAUUAACCAAAGAUAUCGAUAGAGUGUUUUAAUGAUUUUUUUUUUUUUUAAUUAUGUGCAUUUGUGUGUACGGAUUAUGUGAAAAAUGUUGGAAAACGUUGAAUUGUUAACGCGUGUGAAAAAGUAAGAAGACGCGCGUUUAGUAUGAAUUCAAUUGAAAUUGCAAAUAUUCCAAUAUUUCGGGCAGUCACAUGUGAUAGGAUUAUUUCCAAGAUAAUUUCGAUAUCGUUGUGUAUUUAAAGCAUUAUUGUUAAGAUUUACAGAAAUAACAAUUCAAGCGAAUUAUAAGAGAGGAAAAAAAAAAAAGAAAGUGAUAGCAAGGGAGUGAAAUGCAACGAAAAAGAAUUGUUUUUUUUACUUUAUGUACUUAGAUGUAGUCGUAUA